UCUACAAAAUUUUUCAAGUUUCAUAUUAUUUCAAAUUUCUGUUUUGUUUCAAAUAUGAGAGGAUCCAAGUAGGGGUCCUUACAACAGCUUACUGCACGGCAGAAAGCUUCAAAUAUGUUUCUUACUGGAAUGAAACAAGUACUGAUUUCUUUGUUCAAGGAAGAGCACACCCUUACCGAAGUCAGAACCAGCAUCGAACGGUAUCUGAAGUUUUGCCGCAUCUACUCCCCGAAACAACCUUCCCCCCUAGGCACUCUCAUCUACUCUACCACCGUUUACCUAAUCCUCCAAACCCUUUUUCUAGUCCUCAAGUUUUGGACAAAAUGGAACUUCAACUCCAGGGUAUCAGCCAUCGAAAGCCUAAACUUUACAUUUGGCGUAGUUUUCCUCUCUUCCGAUCUGUACCUCAUGCCCGAAAAAACGGAAAUCCUGACCCAGAUGAUCGAAGCCGGGUAUUAUCUACACCAGAAAUAUGUCCACCUAGUUGAGAAGAGUUUGUACAUAGAAAAAUGUAGAUUUAUUGAGAAAACUGAGUUAGAAUCUGUCAAAUCUGCAAACUCUGUUAAAUUCGCGUUGAUAGGUCUCUACCUCAGCUACCUGACCACCCCAGUUUUCGGCACGAUAUUCCACCUGCUCAAAAUUAUCCCUCUCCAAAAACUCACCCUCCCUCUAAUCAUCCAAAUCCCCUACCGUUCCGACCCAUUCAUUUUCACACAUACCUACCAGUUCCUUUUUCUCGCUCUUUUCCAAGUGGUUUAUAUCUUGUACACAGCUGUUAUGACUGUGGCAAUCUUUCAAGUUUGUUUCCUGGCUGUUAACAAUGUGCUGACUGAGAUCCAGCUGUUUGUGAUGUGCUUGAAAGAGAUGAACUUGAAUUUUGGGGAGUAUGUGGUGGAGGAGAGGAGAGAGAAGGAGGGAACGUAUGUGAGAGAAGAGAGGAUAGAGAAAGAUGGAAGUUGUGAGAGGAAUGCAGUGUUGAAGUUGAUCAUAAACGAUAUCUCCAAACAUCAUCAGUUUAUAUUCAGGAAAAUUAGAAUCCUGAACACCGGUUUCCGUUAUAGACUGUUCUAUGUGAACACUUUUGUCUGCCUACAGCUCUGCUUUGCUCUGUUCUGCUUUCAGAAAGGUGAAUUCGGAGAAAAACUGCGAUACGGCUUCUUAUCUGUUGCAAUUAUUAUAGCAAGCCAUGUGUUCUAUGAGAACGGACAACGUUUGCAAGAUGAGAGUGAGAAAUUGGAGCUGGCCCUGUACGACUGUUGCUGGAUCGCCAAGCCGAGAUAUUUCAGCAGUUGUUUAAAAAUUCUGAUGACAAGAACAACGAAGACGCCCAAGAUUGUUUCCUUCAAUAUAUUCACACUGAACAGGAAUAAUUUGAAAAUUGUGGUGCAAGCGGCAUAUUCCUACUUUAAUUUCCUGGAACGGUCGAGUAAAAUCAACUAGGAGUCGGAUUUCAAAAAUUGGGAUGAAACUCCAGGCAAAUCAUCCAAAAAUUUUCACUGUAAAAAUCAG